GUUCGGGCUCGGUCGAGCCCAGGCUGCGCUGGGGCGGCUCUGGCCGCGUCGGUGCGCCAGCGCGCUCGGCUUCGGUCGACGUGCGGCCGCGAGGGGCCCCCGCCCCUGGCAACGUGCUCUACACCUUCGCGGCGCUCACGCCCGCCGAGGUCAACGAGCGGCUGGCGGAGGCGGACCAGGUAUGCAACCUGGAGCGGGCCCACCGUGGGCUCCCGCUGUUGGGCGAGGCGGCCCGAGCGCCAGGAGGCGCCGCCGCGGUGGCGACGCCCGUGCCCGCCGUCGCCCCGGCGCCUGGGGCCCCCCGCCUCGUCCCAGCAGGCGGGGCGUGGGUCCUCGCGGAGCCGCUCGUGGGCCACGACGUCGGCGAGGAGUUCACGCUGCUUGCAGGGGCUGCGGUGCUGGGGACCCGUGCCCUCGUGGUGAUCGACGGGGGCGUCGCCGCGCUCGAGCAGCUGGCCGAAGGCGCCGACAUCACUCGCUGGGCCCUGGCGCGCAGCAACUUCCUCUGCGACGACCCGAGGAUCCUGGCGCGGUCCCCGACGGAGCGGACCCUGGUCGACGCCGUGGGCACGAUGACGGCCUGCGCGCGGAAGGCGGAGGGCCUCCUUGCCUCUCCUUUGCAGGGGCCCGCCAUCGGAGCCGAGCGGGUCGACUCGGUGGUCAGGGAUGGCGUGGCCAGCCUGAUCGACCGCGCCAGCAUGUGGCGGCGUGAGAUCGGCGUCAGGACCCACAGCUCGGCCGCCGACGAGCACGCGAUCCUCCGCAGGGCCGUGCAGCUCCUGGCGACGGUGGACGGGCUCAACGUGAAGAACCUCGUCGGCGUCGAGCUCCUCCUGAGGCGGAUCACCAUGCAUGAGGAGGCCGUGGCUGAGAACCCCGAGGCGCCGAGCUACGAGGGGUCGGACCACUACCUGAGGCCUGGCCUCGCCGAGGGCAAGAAGCAGCAGGGGAUCGGCGUGGCCGUGGUCUCUUUCCCCUGCCUGACAUUCCUCGUGCUCAGCGCCCUGGUGCCGGAGGCGGUCGACAGCCUGAACUUGCUCUUCGGGCGCGACCCGCAGGAGCUGGUGGCGCCGACGCAGCGUGACGGGACUAAGGUGUCCUUGCCAGAGGGGCAGGUGUCGCCCGUCGUCUUGACUGAGUUUGUCUCUCCCGAGCUCGGCCGCAGCCUCGACCUUGACAACAUCUUGGCCGAUGCUGACGUGGCCGAGCACCGUCUUCGCCACGAGCCCGUCGGGCGCCAGACGAAGCGUCGCCUGUCUUCGUCGCCACGGGUGAUAUACAUAGUUGUUGUUUACCAGUGUUGGGUGCCGUCUGCGCUGAGCGAGUACUUCAGCUUCGAAGCCGUGGGCGCCAGCCUUGCAAAGAAGUGGGGUGCGACCUCGGACGUGUGGGGGAUGUCGUUGCCAGAUGUCGGGGAGGUCUUCCUGUGCUUGCUCGUGCUGCCGAUGGGUUGGACCUGGUCUUCCCACAUCGUCCAGGCUCUGCAUGCCGAGUUGCUCCGCGAGGCUGGGUUCGGCCAGGGCUUGCCCCUGUGGGACUCCGUCUGCCGUGAGCUCCUGGUCUGCCCCAGCCUGGCCCCCCUGCUCUCAGGUAACUUUGGGCGCCCGCGGUCUACUUCUGCGCUGGCGACGGGCGCCUCGGGGAGCGGGCGGGGCGUGAUGGAGGCCGGCUUCGACAGAGAGGAGGUGGGGGAGAUCGGGAGGUGGAACGAGCGCUGGAGGCACGAGCGUCUGCCCCCGUCGGAGUGGGCGCCUCGUCGUCGUGCGCUGGCGGCCGAGCUCGACCCCCUCGUCGACCCUGCGACGUGCGACGCGGGCCCUUGGGACCUCGACGCGCUCGGCGGGGCCCCCUCGGAGUUCGCCUGGCGGCCUCGAACUGGCUUCCCCGAGGUUCCGAAGGCCGCGAUCCCGGGGCGUUCCUGGAAGUGCUGGAGGGCUGGAAGGUACAGGUUUGAGGAGCCGAUCGGUAACAAGGAAGGGCGCGCGGCCUCCUUCGGGCUCCUGCAGCUGGUCCGCCGCCUGGCUGCCCUCUCGAUUGCGACGGGCGCAUGGGUGGCGCUCCGCUGGAUUCCGAGUGAAUACAACCCCGCCGACGAGCCGCCCCGCCUCUUCGAGAAGCUCGGGGAGGCGCGGGCGGCGUUGUAUGAAGCGCCUGCGGCGGGAGCAGAGCUUGGCGGCCUGUCGAGCAGCCGCCGAGCCAUCGACUUCCCGCGGAUCCGCUGGAACCCGACAGGAGGGAAGGGCGGGGAGCUCGCCGCCUGCGAGCUCGCGACGGUCGGCGCCAAGGGCUCGGCCGCCUACCAGCACUUCGAGAACCUGUUCCGCGAGCGGCAGCGGCGCCGAGGCAGGGCCAUCGACGACCGCGACGAGAUCGAGGUGAACCUGCUCGACUACUUGGACGAGCUCCUAGCCGACUACGUGAAGCCCCUGGAAAGGAUGCCGCUGUCGAUCGAGGUGAAGUCGGGCAUCUGCGCCCUCCUGAUCUACGACGGUGAGCGGUCCGCGGCCCUCUACGUCGAGGACGCGUUUUCGGGGUCCUUCCGUCCUGGGGGGCUUCUUCGUGCUAAGGUGGGCGACUUGGUGAGGCCAGGGGUGUCGGAGGAGGCUGCGUUGCGGCGUUGGUUUCUGAUUGUGGCGCCUGAGGAGCGGCUGGAGCCGUCAAAAACCCAGACCUUCGACGACGCCGUCAUCUUCGACCACCCCGAGUGGCUGGGCGAGGUGCUGGGUUCCUGGGCUGCGAACGCGGCGGACGACCGCGAGCUCUUCCCGCUGGAGGCCGCGAGGGUCGCCCGCCUCUCCCAGGCCGCUGCCGACAGGUUGGGCGUCGAGGAGCCCCUGUGCCAGUUGCGCCACGGCGGCGCCUCGGAUGAUCUCCUGAAGCGGCGCCGCACUUUGAGUGAGAUUCAGUCGCUGCGAGAUUGGGCCACCACAGGGCUUUGCGCAGCCAACCUCUGGAACUCGUUCCAGCGUGAUUGUCACUGUACGUGCACAUGCGCCGCCGGGCACGACAAGGAUCUCGUGACGCUGCUGCAAAGGCAACUGGACAGGUGUGGCCCUGAGCAGCUGCGCAGUGCGCCGCCCCGAGACUGCCCCUCGGCGUUCUGGGAGGUCGUGAUCAUCGGCUGGAUUGCGGCGCUGGCGGCCUUCGCGCGCGGGUUCCUGGCUGGCGGGCCCCCGCCGCACUUGCGCAAGCGGCUGCUCUACCGUUUCGACAUGGACUCGGUCACGCUGGAUUCGCUGGCCGCGGAGGGGGCUCAGCUUGCGGAGCGGGGGCGCGCGGGGCUUCCCUUUGCUCGCCGCCUCCGGGGGAAGCAGGUCCAGGCCCCUGCGCACUCAGCCCCGCUGGUUGGCGGCACGGCCACGCCCGGCGGCUCAGACGCGGAGCGCGAGGACGGCCAGACGCUGGCGCCCCCAGCGCCCCAGCCGCCGCCGCGCUCUGGCCCGGGUGGCGCGCCGCUGCCGCCAGUCUGGCUGGAUGUCGGCUGGGUUGCGCUGGAGUCGCGCUUGGGGUUCUCGCGGGGGGCGCCGGUGGAUGUGGCUCUCGCCACCGUGCACGCCAGCGGGGAUCGUGCGCUCGCGACCUUCCCCGACGGGGUCAUCGCCCUGGGCCGCGCAGGGACGCUGGAGGAGCUGCCAAUGUCCCCGCGUGAGGGUGCUGCUACCGUGCUGGACGAGCGGAUCGUGCAGUAUGGCAGGAGCGGCACUGGUCAGCGGCGACGGGCGUUCGCGGAGGUCGUGGCUGAGCAGCCGGAGGCCAUGGACACCAAGGAAUGGCGCAUCGAAGGGCCCGCCACCGUCGGCUGGUUGCUGCAGGCUCACCUGGAGCAAGGCGGCGGGCUUGUCCAGCGCCACUACUGGUGGAGACAGAUCCUGGGAUUGGCAGCCGCCGACCCCAGGGUCGACGAAUAUUUGUUCUUGUGUCAGCUCCUGGAGACGGCGGCGACCGCCGACCAGCUCAACCUCCCGGGCUGCGAAACGUUCGAGCUCGCGGCCAGGCGAUUCCAGCUCUGGGAGGAGGUCUAUUCGGAGGCCCUUCGUCAUGCCGAGGUUGCAGGGACCGCUGGCGCUGCAGCCGACUCGGACGGCUGGCUGGACGAGCGCCGCAUCUUCCCGGGAAGCGCGCGGACCAAGGGCCACGCGCUCGUGGCGCCCUCCUUGGAGAAGCACGUCGCCGAACGAAUGCAGGAGGAGAGCGCCAUCCUCAAG